UCUCGUUCAAACAUAAUCAAAGAAAAACAGCAACUCUUGUCUGAAAAAAACAGAGAGACAGAGAGACAGAAUAAUGGAUCAAGCGGUGUUGGGCUCUCAAGCGUACCUUUACGCAACACAAACCCAUAACCAGUGCAUCAUCGUUAAUCAGAUCGAUGGAGCACCGUCAGGCGACGGAUCAAAGCCGGUGAAGCGGAGGAGGAAGAGGAGGAGCAAAGGGUCGUCAGCCACCAACGGAGAGGACGUGGCGGCGAUUGGAAGGAUGCUGAGGAAGAGGAAGUUGACCGAUGAGCAAAUGAAUAUGCUGGAAUAUAGCUUCGAGAAUGAGCACAAGCUUGAGUCAGGGAGGAAAGAGAAGAUCGCCAGAGAGUUAGGUCUUGACCCGAGACAGGUGGCUGUUUGGUUCCAGAACCGCCGUGCACGGUGGAAGAACAAGAAACUCGAAGAAGAGUACGCCAAACUCAAGAGCCAAUAUGACACCAUCCUCCUCGGCCAAUGUCACCUCGAGUCUCAGGUACUAAAACUGACGGAACAGCUGUCUGAAGCUCAAAGCGAAAUUCGAAAGCUUUCAGAACGACUUGUUCAAGAGACGUCAACAAACAGUUCAAGUUCAUCGCUUUCUGUUGAAGCCAACUACACACCCAUUGAGUUCGAGUUUGGCCCGGAUACAAACUACAACAUCCCAUUUUACAUGAUGGAUAAUGAUUAUCUACAGAACAUGGAGUAUUGGGAUGGCCUGUAUGUGUAAUUUCAAAACUAAAUAGUUGAAGUAUCUAUGUAUGAAAAUCAUGUUCUUAUUUUUGAUUUGUAAAUAGAUGCUGGCCAAGCUGUUGUAAAUGUAGUGUUAUUUAAGUAUUUAUUUCAAU